AUGGGUCGCAUGCAAAAAACUACAAGGUCCAUUAGCUUGCCGUCUAGACUACACCCCAAUUCUCAUAAGAUUGGGGCAGAGCUAAACAAGCUUAAGACUUGGGAAUUGUCAUCACUUAAGUCAACAAUUCCUUUGGGAGCCAAAACCAUGCAAAUGGGUUUGGUUAGGCUUGCAGAAUUGUAUAAUUGUGUUGAGGAGCUAAUUCACACCCCACUCACCGAACAAGCUCUUCACAAUCAUCAUGGAAAGCUAGUAGAAGAAGCACUAGAUUUGUCUUUAGGAUUGCUAGAUGCAUGUGGCACUGGAAGAGACUUAUUUUUGAUCAUGAAGGAACAUGUGCAAGAACUUCAAUCGGCGCUACGUAGGAGAGGUGGAGAAUCAAGAAUUGAAAGCAAUAUUAAUGCUUAUAUCUGCUUUAGAAAGAAGGUUAAAAAGGAUGUUGUCAAGUCCCUUGGAGCAUUGAAGAGACUAGAAAGCCAUAUGGGGUCCUUUACCCAUUUGGAUGGAAAUAGUUAUUUACAUGUGGUGAUUAAGGUGCUUAGAGAAUUAAGCACCAUCACUAUCUCUGUCUUUCGGUCCCUCAUGUUGUUUCUGUCAAGGCCAGCAAUGAAGACCUCUAGGGGAUGGUCACUAAUGAAGAAAUUGAUGCCCACAGGGUCCAUAAAAUCUGAGACAAGCCACAAGGUUUUCAAUGAGGUAGGGAGUGUUGAUCGUGCUCUCUAUUACCUCCAUGGGCAGAUCCCAAAAAAUGAUAACAAGGUUCAUGUGCAAUUGACUCAGAAGAGAUUAGAAACACUUGAUGAUGGCAUCAAAAGUCUUGAGUCUGGAUUGGAUGGUCUAUUUAGGUGCCUAAUCCAAAAUAGAGUGUCCCUGUUAAAUUUCCUAACAUAUUGA